GAAAUAACGCCCGUGUGCCGCGGUGCAUUGUGGGUGUGCGCGGAGAAGUAAAAUGGCGGACUUGGCGAACGAAGGAGAGAAGCCUGCCAUAGCUCCUCCAGUGUUCGUGUUUCAAAAGGACAAGGCACAGAAGCGAUCUGCCGAUGGGUCCAGUGCAGAGGAUGGGGACGAUUCAGACAGGGAGGACGGAGAAUACUGUCCUCCAGUGAAGAGAGAGAGAACCUCGUCUUUAACACAGUUCCCACCUGCGCAUUCAGUUUCCAAGAAUAAUGUGUUUAUGCCGUCAAGUUUCUGUCAGUCUCCAACAGGCAACUCAGACUCUGAGCCAGAGGAGAAGCCAGUUGGAUUUCGGUUGAAACCUCCAACUCUGAUCCAUGGUCAAGCGCCGAGUGCAGGCUGUUUUUCAGGUGUACCCAGUCAGAAACCUAAGGAGCAGCAGCGCAGCGUACUGAGGCCUGCAGUCCUACAGGCUCCACCCACCAAGACCCUUUCCGAGUCCAGCAAGAGCAACUCAAGCUGUGGAACAAAUGGAGUGGGCAAGUUUUCAGAGGCAGCUACAGAAGGCCGGGGGAUUUUCCUGAACAACACAGAGAGCUCAGAAAAAUCACCGAAGAAAGACAAGGACGAAGGAGAGGAUGAAGUAGGAAAGACAGAGGAAAGUGCACAGAAGAAGGAUGUGGUCGUUGACCCCGGUUUCGUGUUUGGGCAGAACAUCAAAGAUAGGGCAAAGGUGGAUGAGAACAGCACAGCCAGUGAAUCUAAAGACGCCACACAGGACUCUCAGUCUGGAAGUACAAAUUACUUCUUGCAGUACAUGGGCACUCCAAGCUCUCUAAAUGCAACGAACAACACAGACAAAGGAGCCAAGUUUGUGUUCGGCCAGAACAUGUCAGAGAGAGUGCUGAGUCCUCCAAAAGGCGGUGAAUCAACAGCAGAGGGCUGUAAAGACAUAGCUUCUCCACCAGAACCCUCGUCACAGGAGACCACCCCAGACAAAAGUGCAUCUGAAUACUGUGUGUGUCCAGAUCACAGCGUGACAGAAUCUCUAGAGGAAUCGGCAGCAGCGUACACCAAAGCCACGGCCAAGAAGUGCAUUUUAGAGAAAGUGGAGGUCCGCACCGGGGAGGAAGCAGAGAGCAAUGUGCUUCAGAUGCAGUGCAAGCUGUUCGUGUUUGACAAACCAGCUCAGUCGUGGAUCGAGCGAGGCCGAGGGCUGCUAAGACUCAACGACAUGGCUUCUACCGACGAUGGCACACUUCAGUCAAGGCUAGUGAUGCGCACCCAGGGUAGUCUGCGGCUGAUUCUGAACACUAAGCUGUGGGCUCAGAUGCAGGUGGACAAGGCCAGCGAGAAGAGCGUCCGCAUUACUGCCAUGGACACAGAGGACCAGGGAGUGAAGGUCUUCCUUAUAUCGGCCAGCUCGAAGGACGCAGGACAGCUGGCAGCAGCACUCCACCACCGCAUCCUGGCCUUGCGGAGUCGCGCCGAGCAAGAGGCAGAGAGCACAGUCGAGCCGCCCCACCCAGAGAUCACGCAAUCCAAUGAAGAUGACAGCGAUGAUGAUGUCGAGCUUGCUAAAAACAACAACAGCAGCAGCAGCAGCAGCAGCAACAGCAGCAGCAGCAGCAACAUCGCCCCUACAGGAAAUACCACCGUCAGCGGCACUUCUGAAACCUCUGCUGAGGCACCAGCAGCUGAGAGCACAUAACAUCCUGGUCAGCUGCCUGUCUAAAAACUGCUCUACAGGGUUUUUCUUUUGUGCAGGCAUCUGGGUGGACAGCCUUAACCACCGCAACUCUUUCAGCCCAGCGCUGUGGGUCCUUCAGCUCCAGCCCUGUAGCAGAGCUCCAGCGUCUCUCACUUAAAACUCGUAGUUCAUUUUAUUUUUUUCCCCCUUCCUACAUUCAUCGUGAAUCUGGAAUUCAAUAUUUUUGUUUUUAUCAUUUUGUUUGCUUUUUUUUGUUUUGUUUUAGUUUUCCAGGACUGCAAACAAACAAAAAAACGAAGAAAAAAAAAACAAAAAAAAACAAAGAGAAACAGACUUUUCCAUUUAAGGUUUUGGACUUGGCUGCUCAUCAUAUUGAUGAGUGUGAGGGUAUUCCGCUCUCUGUGUUAAGAUACGGCACAUGUCACAGCUGCAACUUCUACCACAGGAUUUAUCUUUUACUUUCUUGCUGUCCCCUCCACCCGCUGUAUUAUUUUUUUUCUCCUAAGCUCUUGUGCUCGGUUGCAGACCACCACUGUAUGACUUUACUGCUCAAAAAAAAAACGAUCCAACCACCGUUCAGUAACUUUAUACCCUCAACCCAAAUCCUCACUGGACCUCAAUCAUUCUCUUCUUCUUCUUUUUUUUUUUUUUUGGUAUCUGAGUCUAACUCAUUUCCAGUGGUUCGUUUCCCUUAAACCAGUACUUCUACUAGUCUGCUAUGAUGGUAGUUAGAUCUCUUAUUGAUAUAAUGAAUAAAGGACUAAACCAACAAA